GGUAGUCCCAGCCUCGCGCCUUUGCUUGACGAAUUAGUAUUUGAACAUCAACGCGACCUUCUCGCGACUUCCUCUUACGACUGCGCUUCGAAUUCUAAGCGCAAAUUGAGCAGAGCAUGUUCAGUGUGCCUGCUGCUGACGACAUUGCGGUCCUUAUUGCAUGACGAGGCUUCGGCGAAGGUGUCUGCUCAGCCCCUGGAUCGGGGACCGAAAAUGAACCUCACCAACCUCUGAGCGGCGAUCCAAUAAGAGGCUGCUAUGGCUGAACACUGUUAGUUGAUAGGAACCGAUGAGCACAAUACUGUUGCACAAUAUCCCGGGCUAUCCGCUAUAUGGGAGUUCACGGCGAUGUACACGAGGAUUGAGACCUCGGUUCCGGCUGCAGGAAACAACAGCAAACCUGCGCAGACACGCCUUCGGAGAUCUAUGGCUGCGGUCUACUACGAUCGGUCGCCUGGCUGUUACUAAGGAUAACGUUGGUCUUGCGGGCACGGAAGAUCAUCCGUUAUGGCUCCCCUCGAACUUAGCUGAAGCUGCCACCUUCUUACGACUUCCUUCUUGUCAAGCACUCUCAUUGCAAGUCUUACAGGGAGACCGCUCGUUCACAAUUUGUCGUUUGCUCAAGUAUAUUGAUUGUCAAUCCCUCACCAAUCACCAUUUUGAAGAUGGCUUCGCGUAUCAAAAGACUGGAGGAAGAUACGUCUACUAUCAUCGAGCUAGCGACAUAUGCCCUUACUGGAAUUUUCGUGGUGUUCUUCACCACGCGACAAGCCAUGAAGGCCAUUGUCUUCCGUAAACUAGCAAUGGAUGACCUGUUUAUUCUUCUAGCUACGGUAGCUGCAGCGACUAUUCACGCAGCUUCAGCUAAUAUCGACAGACAUUCGC